CGGCGGCCGGCCUCGGGCUAGGGGUCGCUGCGUGCGUUGUAAACGCCAACCCUCCCCGCCGUACCGUCGAAGCAGAUACUGCGUCCGUCGCCGGUUCCUGUCGGAGCGCUGGCCUGGCAGCCCCGCAAAAGGAAUUUGCUGUUGCGCUCCGGGCAGACUUCGAAGGUGAGCUGGUCGCGGGCCGGAACCGAGCAAAGGAUUUAUGCCAGGUACCUCUGCCUGUCUGUUUGCGAAUGGUUCUUGCUCGGGUGCUUUUGCUAGUGCCGCGCACAUAUUAACCUGUGCGCGGAUGCCAUCUGCUGUUGCGUCAGCGUGCGCUGUGCAAAAUGUUCAUCUCCUUUGCUUCUCCACUACCUGCAGGACCUGCGCCAGUCCUUCGCUCGCCGGGGGUGCAAGAUUGCGCUGCCGUCGUGUACUCUCGAUGACGUCGAUUGUUUGCUUAGCGGAAGGCAGCCUGCGGUCAGGAAGGGCUCGACCACGACUAGGACGGUCGUGCUGCCGUUCCUGAUUGGACGAGAGAUUGCCGUGGUUAACUUGGUAAUCGAUUUUUCCGACGCAGACCGGCCGUUGCAGUACGGCACCAGCUUGCCACGCCGAUAUUCCCGGGCUGCUUUUACACUUGCAGGAGACCACCACGACGUCGUCGCGCAGCGUGCAACUAUCAACGCCGCCUCAAUGGGCGUUUUAGCGGCGAGAGCCAAUGCGCAGUACUCCGAGGAGAGGAGCGAUCUUUCUGCGGAAGAAAAUGACAAUCCUCACGCCGCUCCCGGCAGUUUUUCCGAGAACGAUGAUAGAACUGCCCUGUCCGGAUCCGUGGUGCCAGCACUGCAGAAAAGAGAUUGUCCUCCAUCACCGCAGCGCCCGAUCACUCCGGGCUGCGCGAAGCAGAAAACCGCCCUUGCAGAAAGCUGCGAACGUUUUUGGAAUUACGUGCUGGACCACCACGCGCCGCGAUGGUUUCGGGAGCGCGUGCAGAGAAAGAUUCCGUUUGAACAGUUUCUAGACGACUAUUACCAGCGCACGUUCCGCACCCGCAGAAUUCUACUGGAGAGCGAGGAGCUGGAGGAAAAUUCGCAGAAGUAUUCCCCCACGGCCGAACCCUACCGGCAGUUGACCAUCGCUCCCGGGGUUCUGGACCGGAAAAUAGAUCGCGAGGAGCACCGCCCGAAGAGUCCGCAGCUCACGUUGAAUUCGCUUACUGAGCAUGAAUUUCUUCUCUGCGAAACACUUACCCGGAUGUAUCAGGUGGAUUGCGAAGGGCCCGAUGCCCUCCUGCAUCGGUUGCGUACGCGGCUUCGUGCGGAUGCGCCUUUUCUCAAGAGAUUGGUUGCAGUGUCGCAAAACCGAAAAGAAGCUGCGCUUUGCUAACGUGCGAAGAUGAAACACCGUAUUGCGAUAUAUUUUUUGUGGAGGCGAGUUCUAUCACUGUCUGUACUUCUCCUGUGAGAACACGAUUUCCGUUCUUGUGUGCGACAAAAAAUUCUCGGACCUGUAUGUAAUAAACUGCUAGAAAUGAAAGCAUGAUGCGUAUUCGUACCACUGCGGAAAAUGGCGCGCGAGAUCCAAACCUGC